AUGAAGCUUAUCUGGUCCUGGAUUUGCGUGUCGCUCGCAUCAUCGGCUCUUGCUUCUGCCUCUGACUGCCGUUGUCUGCCUUCCGAUUCCUGCUGGCCUUCGGCUUCCCAAUGGGCGGCUCUCAACUCGUCCGUGGGCGGCCAUCUGGUCGCAACGGUUCCGAUAGGCUCGCCGUGCCAUGAUCCUCACUAUGACCAGUCGGCCUGCGAGGAGUUGCAGAAGGGUUGGAACCUUCCCCAGACACAUUAUGAAUCGUCCUCAUCGGUGAUGCAGACUUUUUUUGCCAACCAGAGCUGCGAUCCCUUCACUUCCGAGUCCAGCGCGUGCCAGCUGGGCAACUAUGUCAGCUACGCCGUCAACGUUUCAUCCAGCGACGACGUAAUUGCCGCCGUCCAAUUCGCCCAGUCGAACAAUCUCCGCUUCGUCAUUCGGAACACUGGCCAUGAUUAUUUCGGCCGAUCAACCGGUGCGGGCGCCCUCUCUGUCUGGACCCAUCAUCUGAAUGGCAUUGAAUAUGUCGACUGGUCGGACUCGACGUAUUCCGGCCCUUCGCUCAAGGUGGGCAGUGGGGUGAUGGGCUUCCAGGUGUUGGAGGCUGCCACGGCCCGUGGUCUGGUGGUUGUCACCGGCGAGUGUCCGACCGUUGGCCUCGCCGGAGGAUACACCUUGGGCGGUGGUCACUCUGCGCUGAGCACCCAGUUUGGCCUUGGAGCGGAUCAGACACUCUCCUUUGAAGUUGUCACGGCAGCAGGAAAGCUCGUCACGGCCUCGCGCACAGAAAAUACCGAUCUCUACUGGGCCCUCAGCGGCGGUGGAGCCGGCAACUACGGCGUCGUCGUCUCUGCCACCAUCAAGGCUUACCCAGACAGAAUGGUAUCCGGCGCAUCGAUCAAGUUCCUGGCAGCAAACACAACCACCGAUCGCUUCUUCGAGGCAGUCACAAAGUUCCACUCCCUCCUCCCCGACAUCAUCGACGCAGGCGCUACAGCCAUCUACCAAAUGACCGCGGCGUCCUUCUCCAUCGCCCCGGUCACCGCCUACAACAAAACCACCGACGAUGUCAAGGCCAUCCUCUCCCCCUUCCUCGACGUCCUGAGUAGUCUCUGCAUCCCCUACAAAGUCAACUACUCCCAGUUCCCGAGCUACUACGACCACUACAACACCUACAUGGGGCCCCUGCCUUAUGGAAACCUCGAAGUCGGGUCCUUCCAAUACGGGGGUCGCCUCAUCCCACGCAACGUGCUGGAAGGCGACACGACCCGUCUCGGCUCUGCCCUCCGCAACAUCACCGAGCAGGGCAUCAUCGCCGUUGGCGUCGCCCUCGACGUAUCCAAAUCGAACGAAGUGCCGAACGCAGUGUUCACCCCGUGGCGCGACGCAGCGGUGACCAUGCAAAUCGGCAGUCCCUGGAAUGAAACCGCGCCGUGGUCACAGAUGCUCGUGAACCAACGCCGAAUGACGGACGAGUUAGUCCCGCAGCUGGAAGCCGUAACCCCUGGUGGUGCUGCGUAUCAGAAUGAGGCCGAUUUCAACCAGCCCGAGUGGAAGGAGACGUUCUUCGGUGAUAAUUAUGACGGGCUGCUUGAUAUUAAGAACAAGUGGGAUCCGGAGAACUUCUUUUACGUGCUCAAGGGUGUGGGGAGUGAUUCUUGGAGUGUGUCUGAGUCGGGGAGAAUGUGCAGGGCUUAA